AUGGCGGAAGAAUAUCUCAGGAAGCUUCAGGACAUCAUUCAGCCGAAGCUGAAGUGGCAAAAGCUAAUCUACUCGUCACCUGUCACGGGCAAUCUGAUCGAGGCCCCCGAAAAGCUGGGUCCACAACACUGGGUAAAUAAUCUGUUGUGGCCAGUUCUUUUCUCACAAUCAUUUGAGAAGAUGUGUACUUCAAAUGCCAGUCAGGAGGCCAACGUAGACUUUAUUCUCGAACUUGGCCCACAUUCGGCGCUUGCAGGUCCAAUCCGGCAGAUUUGCAAAAUUCCUGCCUUGAAGGGGCUCAAUCUACCUUAUGCAUCGGGCUUGAUCAGAGGUCAGAACGCUGUAGUGUCCAUGCAGGCGGCUGCUGGAGCUUUAUGGUGCAAGGGAUCACCGGUUGACCUCUCUGCCGUCAACUGCCAGGAGGACUACACCAGCCUAAGAGUCAUUUCGGAUCUCCCUACAUAUCCUUGGAAUCAUACCAACAGUUUCUGGCAAGAAUCGCGCCUGAACGUUGCUCAUCGCAUGCGGACGCAUGUUCGCCAUGAGCUAGUCGGGUCUUUGCUGCCAGGCCCCUCUUCGACCAACCCAAUUUGGAGGCACUUUCUCAAAGCGAACGAUCUUCCUUGGCUUCGAGACCAUUUGGUCCAGUCUGACAUCGUUUACCCGGGAGCCGGCGGAAUAUGCAUGGCGAUAGAAGCUCUACGUCAAUACUCUGAAGUUCCGGCCGAGACUCUAGACGGUUAUUGUCUGAGGGAUAUCCAGAUCAGCAACGCAUUAGUUAUCCCGGAUACAGAAGCCGGCAUCGAGGUUCAGCUGUCUUUGCACCCCUGUGACGACAAGAAUCUGGAGCCGGGAUGGUAUGAGUUCUCUCUGAAAUCACCUGGCACCGACGGUAAUUCGUGGAAUGAGCAUAUCCACGGGUGCAUCUCCCAGAGGCAAAAAUCAAAGGCCGCCUUGCCCUCUGUUGUAGAUGGAGGUGAUGCUAUCGGCCAAGCCAGCUCUGCCCAUCCUCUCAAGGUGGAAAUUGACUAUUUGUUCGCUCGCCUGAGGAAGAUGGGUCUGCAACAUGGUCCGACAUUCCAGAACAUGAUUGGCAUUCAGGCCAACGAGUCUGGUUCCAAAUUCCAGUUCAAAGUAGCGGAUGUGAGCUCCUCGAGCUCCCAUCUUCUCCACCCCACCACGCUCGAUUCAAUCUUCCAAGGAGCUUAUUCUGCACUUUCCUCCGAAGACUUCCAGAAUUCGAUGGUAAUGCCUAGAGCCAUUCAGCACAUCUACGUCUCGCAGGCUAUUACUUCGACUCCCCACUACAAAUUUGAGGCUCUUGCAACAAUUGAUCGUUGCGAUAAGUCGGGCUUUCGGUCUUCCAUAACGACGCAUGAGCUGAACAACCCGGGGGCCCCAAUCUUGGAAGUCAAAGCUCUCUUUUGUCAGGCAGUGGGCGGUGUGAGCCUAAAUCAGCGAGAACAAGAGCCGCCUAAGUUGCUGUUCAAGAUGCAUUGGCAUCCUGACUUUUCUCUCAUGCCAAAGGAUCAGCGCAAAGAGCCACUCAGAUUUGAUAUUGAUCCAUGCGAGCUGUCCGUCAACAAAAAGCUCGUUAGAGCAGCCUGGUAUUUCAUCCGAGAUGCCAUACAAGAUUUAUGCCCCGACAAAGCUGCUAUCGGAAACAUGGAGUGGUAUCAUAGGUCGCUCUAUGCUUGGAUGGAAGUCAACUACAAAGCUGGUCUUGAUGGAAAGCUCGCUCGUGGAAGUGCUUCAUGGGCCAAGACAAGUCAAGGCAUGAGGCACAUGCUCUUUGAUGAAGUUGCUGCCCAGAGCGUAAAUGGGCGCCUUCUAUGUCGCGUGGGCAAGAACUUGUCUCGGAUUCUCCGGAGGCAAGUGGCUCCAUUGGAGGUGAUGAUGGAAGGCAACUUGCUUUACGAGUUCUAUGAAAAGGCUCUGCGAUGUAACAGAUCCUACGAGCAGGUGCAAAAGUUGGUUCGCAUGUACUCGAUGAAGCACCCUCGUGCUAAAGUCCUUGAAAUUGGAGGAGGCACCGGUGGAUGCACAAGAUCAGUACUAAACGGCUUGUCUGAAGACACCCCUGAUCGUCGGCAUCGCUUUGCAUCAUACACCUUUACCGAUGUCUCGGCUGGGUUCUUCGAGGCUGCAGCGAAAAAAUUCGAUGAUUUUGGAGACAUGAUCAGCUUCAAAAAACUCGACAUCGAAGUGGAUCCCGUCGAGCAAUCCUUCGAGGCGGGCUCUUAUGAUCUCAUUAUCGCUUGCCAAGUUCUCCACGCUACAAAGAAUAUGGAGAGGACGAUGAGGAAUGUUCGUAAACUCCUGAAGAAAGGCGGACAACUCAUCUUCGUUGAGACUACGAAAGACACAUUGGAUGUGCAGCUAAUCUUCGGAGCCCUUCCUGGCUGGUGGCUAGCUGAAGAAGCUGAGCGCAAGGGUGGACCAAACCUUACUCUUGAUCACUGGGGGCGGGUUCUUGCCGCUACGGGCUUUAGUGGCAUUGACUUAGACGUGAGAGACAUGGAAGAUGACGCGAACUACUCCUUCAGUGUCAUGGUUACAACUGCGGUUGCACCACCGGCGUUCCCAUCUGAAGUCUUCCUGCUCAGCUCAUCCGAGUCUGUCUCUGUUGACUGGGUACAGGACUUGAAGUGUCAAAUUCAGUCCGAGACCGGCGCCAGUUGCAAAGCCACAGACUGGCGAUCAGUUGAUGCUAACGACAAAGUCUGCGUUAUGCUUGAAGAAGUCGUUGCCCCCCUCCUCAGUCGACUGAGUCGCGAUGACUUCACUUGUGUUCAGCGGCUCUUGACAACUGCUCGGGGCGUACUGUGGGUGACACGAGGUAGCCUUAUCGACGGCGCUGAUCCAGACAUGGCGCUGCACUCUGGACUACUUCGCACCCUCAGGAUGGAGGAUGCGGGGCGCCGAUACAUCUCCCUCGAUCUAGAAAGCACGGAGCCGUAUUGGUCCGCCAAGAACGCCGAGCUGAUCAGGGAUGUCUUCAAGGCUUCUUUUGACUUUUCCCUCAACUCAUACGAGAUCGAUUGCGAGUACGCGGUGAAAGACUCCAUCCUUCACAUGACGCGUAUUUACAACGACGACUCGGAAAACAUUGCUUUGGCGCCCGAAUCUGCUGAGAAGGUGCCUGAAAUCAGACCAUUUGGUAUCCGGGGUGAAGGCUUGAACCUUCAAAUGGAAGUCGGGACGCCUGGUCUUCUAGACUCCUUACGCUUUAGGGAAGUCAACCUUCAAGACUUAGAUGAGGAUCAAAUUGAGAUCGAGCCUCGCGCAUUUGGUCUCAAUUUCAGAGAUGUUCUCGUGGCACUUGGUCAACUCGACGAAACCAUUAUGGGCUAUGAAUGCAGCGGCAUUGUCACUAGACUGGGCCCGGAUGCAGAGCAGAACAGCGGGCUGAAGGUUGGCGACCGAGUUUGUGCCAUCUUGCGCGGACAUUGGGCGUCAAGAGUCUUGAUCAACUGGCCUUGUGCUGUUCGUGUCCCAGAUAGCAUGUCCUUCGAGGAGGCUGCGACAGUCCCUAUGGUUUUUUCUACAGCAUAUCAUGGCCUCUUUGAUAUCGGCCGACUUUCGAAGGGCGAAUCUGUUCUUAUUCAUGCGGCAACAGGAGGUGUAGGUCAGGCUGCUGUGAUGCUCGCCAAGCAACGAGGUGCCCGAGUUUUCGCCACAGUCGGCACCGAAGCCAAACGGGACUUCGUCAUGAAGGAGUUUGGCAUUCCGAAAGACCGAAUUUUCUCCAGUAGAGACUCAUCUUUUGGCCCUGCUCUGAUGGCUGCCACCGGUGGCAAAGGCGUUGACGUUGUGCUCAACUCUCUUGCCGGGCCGUUGCUCAAAGAGACUUGGGACUGCAUGGCGAGGUUUGGACGAUUUGUCGAGAUUGGUAAGAGAGACAUCGAGGCGGCCAAGAAUUUGGACAUGAGUCCCCUCCGCCGUGCAGUAACAUUUGCGGCAAUCGAUUUGUUCCAACUUGGCAAGUUCAAGGGUCACGUCGUCCAAGACGUUCUUCGGGGUGUCAUGGAGAUGUUCAGCCAAGGAGACCUACGCGUGGUUUCUCCCAGGACGGUUUUCCCUAUAUCUGAGGUUGACCAAGCUUUCCGACUGAUGCAAAGCGGCAAACACCUCGGGAAAAUUGUGGUUCAACCACAGCAGACAGAUUUAGUUAAGGUAAGAGACUCACCUACCGGUUCUCGUCUGUUAGAGGAUGCAUCUUACCUCAUUGCUGGUGGCAUGGGUGGUAUUGGUCAGUCCAUAGCGCGAUGGAUGGCACGGGACCUCGGUUGUAAGAACCUCAUUAUCCUUUCGCGCAACGCGCGUACCCAUCCAAGCUGCGGGGCUCUCAUUACCGAUCUUGAGAAAAGUGGCUGCAGAGUUACUGUUCAGAAUUGCGACGUCUCGAAUGAGAUUGAUUUUCGCCGAGCUGUUGACGAAGCUGGCCGGAGCUUCCCUUCAGUUCGUGGGGUCAUCCAAGCAGCUAUGACUUUGAAUGACUCUAUUUUCCCCAACAUGACAUACGAACAGUGGCAAGCUGCAACAGGUCCUAAAAUUGCAGCCACGUGGAAUAUGCAUAAUCACCUUCCGGACCUUGACUUUUUCAUCUUACUUUCGUCCCUGACAGGACUCGGAGGUAACACAAGCCAGGCGAAUUACUCGGCCGGUGGAACUUUCCAAGAUGCUUUUGCGAAAUACCGCACUUCACAGGGCCUUCCUGCAGUUUCAAUCGAUCUGGCCAGUAUUCAAGAGGUCGGAUUCGUUGCCAACGCCGAGGGAGUCGCGGAACGCCUGACGAAGACAGGCCUAGCUGAUAUUGAUGAGGCUAGCCUACUCAAGAUCGUCGAAACAGCCAUCCAGAUGCCUAGUCGACCAGUCGACCUCAGUCAGCUUAUCACAGGCAUUCUGGAGUUUGAAGAGACUUCGACAGUCGCCUGGGUCAAUGACACUCGCUUCUCGUCUCUUCGCACCAACCACAGUAACCACAGCGGAACGCGCGGAAUAAUGGAUCGCAAAGGGACCACGGCAACGCGGCUCUCUGACUCGUUGCAAUCAGCAACCAGUGGCACAGGCGCCGUGGCACUUAUCUUGGACGCCGUGAUAUCGAAGCUUUCUGAGAUGUUUGGGUUGGACGCCGCGGAGAUCGACAAGAAGCACCCCGUUUCUAGAUACGGUGUUGACUCGCUCAUCGCUGUGGAAUUGCGCAAUUGGCUCGUGUCUAGCGCGGGUGCCGAAACGACAAGCAUUUUUGACGUGUUGCACAGUCCAAGCUUGAGCGUUCUGGCUGAAAAGAUCGGAGAAAAGAGCCGCUAUGUUUCAACUCUAGUCAAGGCUUCGUAGAGUUUGUUAUCAGUCUUCUCUAGAAAAUACAAAUUGUGC